AUGUUUUUCGCACGACCCCUUCCGCCACCUCAACCUCGACCGCGUUGGGAGCCAGAGCUACCUUGGCCAGACGGUGCAACUACCAGUGCUGUUAUAGCUCCUCGCCCUCUUCCUCUACCCCUGCCUCCUCCUCUUCCUUGGCCACGUCCACGACUCACAUUAGGGAUCAACGGAAUUUGUGGUACAUCUCCAGGUUUCCUCAUUCUUAUCAUUCUUGCCAGGUUAGAAGAACAUCGUGACAUGCUAGACAACCAAAUUUUAGAUCUAGAUGAAGUCGCAUUUGCUAGGGAGGGUAUUGAGGUUGCUCAAUACAGCGUGUCGGUUAUGAAAUCAGCAAAAAUGGAGUUGGAAGGAAUGAUGAAGAAUUUGCAUGAUGGCAUGAAGGACUUGAUGGAUGCUCAAUAUGAAAUACUAGAGUCUCUUAGUAGAAGCUUCAUCCCUGAUUCAAUCAUCCCUCGUUCUGCUGUCGAAGCAGCCCUUAAGAUGGGCUGUGGAUGA